CUACAAGGGAGGUAAAAGCGUGAAGUGCAGCUGAACCUAUUUCCCAGUUCGAUCCUCCGGUGGGUUGUGUCCCAGGUGCACUGCGGAGACAUCACUGGAUCUGGCGCUUGCUACAGGAUUUUCCUGUUCCUUUUUAAGGACACCUUGGGUUAAGAUGAGGGUCACACUGACUUGCCUACUCUGCUUCCUGUGUGGUCAUUCAGCUGUUGCCGACCUUCAUUCCCACCAUUCACAUCCUGCAGUCAAUAAGAAAGGGAAUGACACCCCUUUAUUGGAAAGCCCAUGCAAAGGGAAGCCCCUGGACUUUGUCUUCAUCAUCGACAGUUCCCGUAGUGUGCGGCCCCAUGAUUACGAGAAGGUCAAGGCCUUCAUCAAGAACAUACUGGAAUUCCUGGAUGUGGGUCCUGAAGCUACCCGUGUAGGACUACUGCAGUAUGGCAGUGUGGUGCAGAAUGAGUUCUUCCUCCGGGACUUCCAGAGAAAGUCUGACAUGCAGAAGGCUGUGGAUGAUAUGAUUCAGCUGGCCAGUGGCACCAUGACAGGUCUGGCGAUCGAGUACACCAUGAAUGUGGCAUUCUCCGAGGCUGAGGGGGCCCGCUCACCAGACGCAAACGUGCGCCGCAUGGCCAUGGUGGUCACUGAUGGGCGCCCCCAGGAUACAGUGCAUGAGGUAGCUGCCAGUGCACGCAGUGCUGGUAUUGAGAUCUUUGCGAUCGGUGUCGGGCGGGUGGACAUGAAUACGCUGCUUGCCAUCGGCAGCGAGCCUCAUGCAGAGCACGUCUUCCUGGUGGCCAACUUCAGCCAGAUCGAGACUCUCACCUCUGUCUUCCAGUCCAAGAUCUGUGGAGGCGCUGGCCUGUGUUCUGUGGUGGACCACGGGUGUGACCAUCACUGCGUCAGUACCCCCACCUCCUACAUGUGCAGGUGUAGGAAAGGCUACGUUCUGAACAGUGACGGAAAAACCUGCCAAGUUAUAGAUCACUGUGACCAUAGGAAGCACGGCUGUGAACAUGACUGUGUCAGCACUCCUGACUCCUACGUCUGUAGAUGCAAAAAGGGUUUUGUACUCAAUGCUGAUGGCAAAACCUGCAGAGAAGUUGACUUUUGUGCUUUGGGUACCCAUGGAUGUGAACACAAGUGUGUGAACACCGAAGACUCCUUUCUGUGUCAGUGUCAUGAGGGCUAUGACCUUAAACCUGAUGGAAAAACCUGUAAAAGAAUUGACCUGUGUGCUUUGGGUCAUCAUGGAUGUGAACACAAGUGUGUGAACACUGAAGACUCCUAUGAGUGUCAGUGUCAUAAGGGAUACACACUCAACCCUGAUGGAAAAACGUGCAAAAAAAUUGACCUGUGUUCUUCGGGUGUCCAUGGAUGUGAACACAAGUGCGUGAACAUUGAAGACUCAUACGAGUGUCGAUGUCAUAAGGGAUACAAGCUCAACCUCGAUGGAAAAACCUGCAGAAAAACUGACCUGUGUGCUUUGGGUCACCAUGGAUGUGAACACAAGUGUGUGAAGACAGAAGAUUCCUUUGUGUGUCAGUGUCAUAAGGGACACACGCUCAACCCUGAUGAAAAAACCUGCAAAAGAAUUGACCUGUGUGCUCUGGGUCACCAUGGAUGUAAACACAAGUGUGUGAACACUGAAGACUCCUUUGUGUGUGAGUGUCAUAAGGGAUAUACACUCAACCCUGAUGGAAAAACGUGCAGAAAAAGUGAUCUGUGUGCUUUGGGUACUCAUGGAUGUGAACACAAGUGUGUGAAGACAGAAGAUUCCUUUGUGUGUCAGUGUCAUGAGGGACACACGCUCAACCCUGAUGGAAAAACCUGCAAAAAAAUUGACCUGUGUGCUUUGGGUCACCAUGGAUGCGCGCAUGAGUGUGUGAACACGGAUGGUUCAUAUGAGUGUCAGUGUCAUACAGGAUACACACUUAACGCUGAUGGGAAAACCUGUGACAGGCCCGAGUGUGGAAAGAUGGACCUGGUGUUUGUAAUCGAUGGCUCCAAGAGCCUGGGACUGGCCAACUUUCAGCUGGUGAAGCAGUUUGUGAACAGCAUCGUGGGCUCGUUGAAUGUGUCCCGCGGGCACACGCAGGUGGGACUCCUCCAGUACUCCACCAAGGUGCGCACAGAGUUCUCCCUGGGCCAGUUGUCCUCUGCCCCCGCCAUCAAGCAGGCAGUCUCCCGCAUGCAGUACAUGGCCCGCGGCUCCAUGACGGGCUCUGCCCUACGCCACAUGUUUGAGGUCAGCUUCUCCCCAGAGAGGGGGUCCCGGCCCAGCGUCCACCGCGUGAGCAUUGUGUUCACAGAUGGCCGAUCCCAGGACGACGUCUCAAAGUGGGCCGCCAAGGCACAGGAAUCUGGCAUCAUCAUCUAUGCGGUUGGAGUGGGGAAGGCCAUCGAGGAUGAACUCCGAGAAAUAGCUUCCGAGCCAGAUGAGAAGCACUUGCUCUACGCCAAAGACUUCAGCCGCAUGGAUGAAAUCACAAAUAAACUCAAGUCACAUAUAUGUGAAGCAGCUGUCCCAAAGCCUCCUACUGAAGAUCUGUGCAGAUGUGAAAACAUGAUAUCCUUCCGGCACCAGGCUGCAGAACAACUGAACAGGCUGAAUCUGAAACUAGAACUUUUGACUAAGAGGCUGGACACCUUGGAGAAUGACUUGGGACACAACUGAACAACUCCAUCAUGGCAUCUUGGGAGGGAGAAACUCAAAGCAGUCUUUCAAAGAAGAAUGCUUCUAACGUCUAUCAUGAACUAGUUAAAAGCAAAUGUUUUAUAUACUUUCAGGCUGCGGACUGAGCUGACUCUGCGCUGAAGAAUGUUUACCCUACUUUUCCUACUUGUACCCUGUAUACCUCAUUUUCUACAUGCCAAAUAUUGUAUAAAUGUUGUAUAAAUGAGUGUUUUGUACAUGGUCAAAAUAGGAGGGAAUAUUAAAUAUCAGUGGCAGUUCUCAGUUCUAAA